AUGGGGCCAGUUCCAAUCUUUAGCGCUGGAGUUUCAAAAAAUUAUGCAAAUAAUCAAGGCCUAUGUGGAGGAAAAACAUUGGCGCCUUGCCAAACCAAGUCUUCCAAGAGUAACUUGGCUGUUAUUGCUGGAGCUGCUGCUGGCGGGGUGACUCUUGCGGCAUUAGGAUUGUGUAUUGGAUUGUUCUUCUUUGUGCGACGUGUUUCUUUCAAGAAGAAGGAAGAGGACCCUGAAGGAAACAAAUGGGCAAGAAGUCUAAAAGGAACUAAACAAAUUAAGGUUUCUAUGUUUGAGAAAUCAAUUCCAAAAAUGAAACUGAGUGAUAUCAUGAAGGCUACUAACAACUUCAGUAAUACCAAUAUGAUUGGGACAGGAAGAACAGGAACUGUUUACAAAGCUGUCCUUGAUGAUGGCACGACACUUAUGGUUAAGAGAUUACAAGAAUCUCAGUACACUGAAAAACAAUUUAUGUCUGAAAUGGGUACGCUGGGUACUGUCAAACAUCGCAAUCUGGUUCCUCUUUUAGGUUUUUGCAUGGCCAAAAGGGAGAGGCUUUUAGUCUAUAAAAAUAUGCCAAAUGGAAUCCUCCAUGACCAACUCCAUCCUGCUGAUGGUGUGAGCACCCUUGACUGGACUACAAGGCUCAAAAUUGCAAUUGGAGCUGCCAAAGGUUUAGCAUGGCUUCAUCAUAGCUGCAAUCCCUGUAUUAUCCACCGAAACAUUAGCUCGAAGUGCAUGUUGUUGGAUGCAGAUUUUGAGCCGAAAAUUUCUGAUUUUGGCCUUGCCAGACUGAUGAACCCAAUUGAUACUCAUUUGAGUACUUUUGUAAAUGGGGAGUUUGGUGAUUUAGGUUAUGUUGCUCCUGAGUACACAAGAACUUUGGUUGCCACAACUAAAGGGGAUAUUUACAGCUUUGGAACUGUUCUUCUUGAGUUGGUGACAGGUGAAAGACCUACCAAUGUCUAUAAAGCUCCGGAAACUUUUAAAGGAAAUCUGGUAGAAUGGAUUACGGAGCUCACAAGCAAUGCAGAACACCAUGAUGCCAUUGAUGAAUCACUAGUCAGCAAGGAUGCUGAUGGCGAGCUUUUCCAAUUUCUAAAGGUUGUAUGCAACUGUGUCUCACCAACGCCAAAGGAGAGGCCCACCAUGUUUGAAGUGUAUCAGCUUUUAAGAGCUAUUGGGGGUAGAUACAAUUUCACAACUGAGGAUGAGAUAUUGGUACCUACUGAUAUUGGUGAUACUGAUAAAAUGGAGGAAUUUAUUGUAGCUCGAGAAGGAAGUUAUUGAAAGGUAUGCGAGAUAUAUAGGGUAUAAUAUAUGUAAUUGGUGUUAAAUUUUAAUAUGUAAUUAUAUAUCUUACUUUUGUGUCCUAAAAUAAAUGUUAGUGUUAAAUGUAGUUUUUGAGGAUCUAGAU